AAUUACCUAAUAGUAAUAGGUAAUAUGUAUUUAAUUUAAUAGCAUACUGCUCAAGUACUCAGUAAUCAGUAUUGUAGAAUGUUGAUGUAAUGUAGUGUUGACUGUCGACCCAUUAUAGUUCUGUGUUGGAAUAAAUAUAUUAUUCUUUGAUUGUAGCAGAUUGUUGUGUAUAAAAAUGCUGGAGACGAGAUUAAUUCGUUGAAAUGUAUAUUAAAUAACGUGUGCAAUUAGUUAAAAUAUUCUUGUAUAGUAUAAAGCAAUCAGUAUUCAAAUCAAAUAGCCAUGGCUUUGAGAUCAGUUGCCGAGGAAUAUUUCAGUUCAUUAAACCCAAUUGCUGCUAAAAUACACGAAGAUAUACAGGAAGCUAAGAGUUCUUACGAAAAUAUUUGGGACUCCCUUACCGAAAAACAAAAGGCUGAAAUAAUAAACGAAUCGAUAAUAAAGCCAGAUGUAGUUAUUAAGUAUGCUUUAUUAGACACAUUGGAUUUUGAUCUCAACGACCCUCCAGUACACAAAGAUGAUCUUAUGUCCUUCUUUGGCCGGGAACACAGUCAGCGAAUUGUACAAGAUGAACAUGGAUCAUAUAGGGAUGAAUACUCAGCACCAUUCUUAUUUCAAACAAGAAGUCAACUCAAUUUAUGUAUUUUAAAUGAAGAAAUAAAGGCAAAAGCUGAAUCUAUGUCACCUCCUCCGGUAAUGUCAGAGCUGGCUCUCUCGCACUCAAAGGUUGUGAAUGAAUUGAAGAAUGCCUUAAAGUCCCAUGAUGUACUUAAGAGUACAUUUAAAGAGAAAGAUAAGGAGGUUGUCUCACCGACUAGCUUUAUAAGUAAGUUUAUCGGCUUCAAGGCCCGUGAUGAAGAAAGGGAGUGUCUGGUACCGUCAGCGGCACAGUCACAGGUUGUUGCUUCUUCUGAUAACUUCUUCAGGACCAAUUACAAGAGCCCUAGUAGUGAUAUGAAGAUCGAGAAAGACUAUCGAAGCAGUUUUGUCAAGUCCAAUACCGAUAUCUCAGAGGAAAACCGCGGGCUACUGUCGAGUCUGACCUCGUCGGGAACCGAAUUCCACUCCACCGAAACGCUGACUGAAACGACUGUACCAAAGACUGGUUACGACUUUUUGGAUAACUGGUAACUCUGGUCGCUUCUUUGUAUGCGAAACCAAUGUCAGUCAAUCGCUACCCGCGCCAUUUAUUGCCAUCACAGUCGAUGUACUGCGCGUGGUUCAUCACUGAUGGCCUCUCAUAGAUUUUAUUUAUUAACUAUAUGCGCCUCGUGGUUUCGUCUGCGUUUAUUAAUUUUUUGGCAUAUAAAACUGUUGUGCAUAUUAUAUGCCUACUAGAGUUAAGUCAUAUUUUUUGUUACUCUCGGACAUUCAAUCUUAGAACAUUGAUACUGGGUAGACAAUUUUAAUUCCCCACAUACGAAUAGAGAUAGCGGUUACAUACUAUAGACUUAGUCUUGUAAAUGCUUGUUUAAUGUGAAUGAUCAUCCGAUCUACAUUAAUGGUAUAAGUAUCGCUAAAAUCCAGUUUCUAUAGUUAUUUAUAGUACCUACUUAACUAACAGAUGGCGCCUCUAGACCUUCCCAGCUUGACGAAAGAGAUUGGUCUUUAUUUCCUAUAUACAAUAUGUACUCUGUGGUUACUAUAAGAAUCAAUAUCUCUAUAAACAUUGUAUUUUCCUGUGACGAACCAUUACGCGAGCACUUUCUCCCUCCGACCUAUUUCGAUAAAAAUCAAUAUUCAAGAGUACCUAGGUAGGUAGCCACUUAUAAUAUUAAAAUUGUAUGAGCUUAGAUUAAGAAUUGGUCUCCGCUGCGCUCCAACUAGAUACUAACACGCCAUAGUAGGCGUGCUCGAGCCAGUCUUGAACAAUGUGUCUGAUAAACUUUGCUAAUAGGGGAGCGGGGGGCACGUUGUUACAAUUUUUAGAUAAUUAUUAAUAUCACAAAAGCUAUCAAAUAAUGUAUACAUUUGAUUGCUUUUACCAUUAGUGUGUCUAUUCAGCUAGUAGAAUAGCAUUGGAAAAAUAUUAAAGUUUACGUAAUUUUUCCCGUAAUAGAGAAUUAAUGAAAUAAGUCGAUUAUAACAACUUACCCCUGACUUGGGGCUAGUUGUUACAGCUUCGGGGCACGAUGUUACAGUAGGUAAAUAAACAAAAUGAACAAUAAUAAAUCAUUUAUUUUUUAUUGUUUCAAAACGUUAUGAAUAAAAGAGACUAUUUUGAACAGUCUUAUAACAUUUAUGAGCAAUUAUACUAUCUAUAUCGUAAUUUUCCAACUUUUUAACAGUAAUAAUCACAUAACUUUGGCAGGAACUUUCUUAAAUCUUAUAUAAAACACAUUUUCAUUACUGAAUUAGAAAAUUUCGUCAGUAAAUACCAACAUGUAAUAAAUUAUUUAUACUUUUUUAACUUGGCACUUCAGUUAAACUAAAAUCUAACAUUUUCAAUACACUUAUAUUGCAAUAAAAUUUAUAGUUACGUAUACAAUACUGUAUAAACAGUCGACAGCAUAUCACGAGUAACAGUUGCACCAGGCAAGCAAUAAAGGCGACCUCAAGGUCAACCUUCACCUUUAUUGUAGGUAACAAUAUCACAUAUUUAUAUUACAUUAGUCUUCAUCAGAAUUACAAUUAAUACAAAUGAAUAAUUGAACGUUUCCUGUUACACAUUUGACAUGGGCCCACAUUUUGCAUUCUAAACAUUCUACCCAAUCUUCUUUUUUAGAAGUACUGUAACUUUCGCUACACACUAAACAAAACCAUUCUUCAGUAUCAGAAUCUGAAUCAGAAACCAAAAUUUUUUUCUUCACCUUUUCUUUUCCUACUUUACUCGUUUUCGCAGAUUUCCCUUUUCCUUUACCUUUUCCUUUAUUUUGGUCGCACGCUUUUUUGGUCUUGGCCAGUUUUUCUUCAUACUCCUUUUGUAAUGAGUCUUUUUCAGGUGUGUCGGUUAAUACAGCGGAUUUACGUUUACGACGGUUAUGGUUGGAUUGUUUUCGAGCCUCUGCCUUGGGAAAGGAUCUUAUCUUUGAAGGCGAAAAAUUUUCAAAUGUACUUUGUAUACCAGAUGAACCUGGUAUCGCUAAUUCAAUUUUAUUUUUAAAACUUGACGAAUCUGCACUCGGUAAUGUUGUUAAACAUUCUAUAUCUUGCGAACAAGCUGGAUUUGGAGAAGGUGAAACAGUAAUAUUGUUAAUAGUGUCAGGUAAUAGAUUGGUUGCUGUUUCGAUUGCCUGUAUGAUUUCAUUUGUGCUUAUGUUCAGUUGAGGCGCAGAAUCUAGCAAUUCCGGAUUUUCCAGGUCCAGUGUCAAAUUGGAGGUGUUCUGCGAGGCAGUGGGAUGAUUCGUUUCUGGAUUGGGGCGAUCAGUGACAUAAGAAGGUGCAUAAUCACUGUCUUGAAAGAUAUCAGGAUUAAAAGGCCAUAUCCCGGUUGAUCGAAAUCCGCUCAUGAUAUUUACAGGAUUUAGGGCCAAUGGCAGUGAAUCUUUCACCACGCCUGGGAGAUCAUGAAUCGUCAUUGUUUUUCCUGGAUGAUUAUACAUCCAGGCCGUCUGUGCUCGAUUAAGGUGGUUUUUAAAUGGGCCAUAAACGCCUACAUCUAAUGGUUGUAAAUUGUGAGAGCAGUGCGGGGGAAACGACAGCAUGAUUAUGUUGUUUACUUUGGCUUUCUCCACGACGUGAAAAUUUACAUGUGAGUUGUGGUUAUCCAGCAGGAGGAGGACGGGCUGUUCAAUGGAAGGUUUGACAUGUUGAAUGAAAUGAUCCAAGAAUUUUAAAAAUUCUACUUCUGUCAUCCAUCCUGAAGAAUUGCCUGCUCCUAUCGCUUCUGAUGGUCCAGCACGAAGAAAUAGAUCAGUGUAUCUCAUUCUGGGAAAAACGAACAUCGGCGGGACUGAAUUUCCAGCAGCAUUUAUGGCACAUGUGAGCGUUACAAGUACUCCUCUUUCUGCAGAUGUGAUCGCACCGACCUGUUUUUGACCACGAGCAGCAACUAUUUUUUUAGGCUUCUGUACCGUUGUGACACCUGUUUCAUCAACGUUCCAUAUGCGCGAAGCAGUGAAUUCAUAUUUUUGGAAUAACAAUUGCAGUUUGUCAAAAAAGUCUUUAACGUUGGUUCUGUUGAAUGACGUUGCUCUACUCAAAGAUGUAGCUUCUGGUGUUCUCAGAGAUAGUUGAGGAUUUCUGUGCAUAAAACUUUUAAACCAGUCCGGCCCAGCCAUAUUAUUUUGGAUCCAACUGGGGGGAAUAUUUUUUAAUUCGAGUUUUACUGCACAUUGAUAAGCUAGUUUUCGGACUUCAGUUGGUAGUAAACCAAAAUAUAUUUCUGAACUUUUGAUUAGAUAAGAAGCUAAUUUAUGUUCGGCUUCUUGUGAGAAUACCAAUUUAGGUUUAACGUAACCCAAUGAACAAGAUUCGUUGUUUUUGUUUUUUCUGACAUACCUGGAUAAGGACAUCGGACACAAAUUAAACAUUUUGCUUGCUUUACGAAUGCUCGUUUUAUUCUGCAGUACUUCUGCCGCAGCAGAUUCAUAAACUUCUUGACUAGUUGUACCUCUUUCCGUUUUUCUUUUAUAGUUUCUCAUUCUAAAAAAAAAACAAUGAGUAUUUAGAAUUUAAAAAAUAAUUGAAAGAUGAACCAUUGUUUUAAAAAGCAAGAAUGCGCCCGUCGGAACGAAAGCUUCAAUUUCUUUCCAUUUAUUCUAAUUUUUAAGUACAGCGUAGUAAUUUCUAAAUGAUAGUCAAUGAGAUGAACGGUAAUACAAGGUCUGAGGCAAGUUGUUACAUGUAACAACCUACCCCGAAAAAUUGUAACAACCUGCCCCAUGGUGUGUUUUUUAAUUAAAAUUAAAGCCGCCAUUAAUGGAUAUCAAUAGCAGAAUAAAACGCUAUUACAAAUUAAAACUCGAUACAUUAUGAACGUUCGAGGUGAAAAGAAUUUAGAGAAUAACAAAUAUAGACGGCAGGAAUCAAAAAUUUCGUAAAAGAUUUUGUUACGUACUUGAUGGAAAUCGAGACACGUGCACACAACCUAACAGUUUGCCGCUCGGCGGGUCACUGAUUGUUUUUUUGCAACGCACGAUGUUAUAAGGAAACAAAUGAGUCCACUUACGUCUACCAAAGAGUUGAAAAUCCCGGUAAAAAAUGCGUGUAACUUCUUACCCCUGUAACAACGUGCCCCCCGCUCCCCUACUUGAAACUGAAAUGCUGGGUUGCGUAGUAAAUUGUUAAAAUAAUAUUAAAAGAAAUAAGAAAGACACUGGGAUCACAUAUCAUCAGUAAGUAUUUUAUUGUACAUGGGACGGGUCGUCCCCUUCCCUAAAAUAUGGUUGAGGGAGGCGAUGACUGGCUCAUCAGGUGAACGGGCGCUGCUUGUGGUGGCAGGAUGAUCCUGUUGCCGGAGACUCGGUUUCAGAUUCUUAAAAGUUAUUGUGUGUAUAUAUAUGUAUGGAUAUAUACAUAUUUAUUUAUUUAUAAUCGCUUAUAAAAUGCUCACAGAAUACCUUUACUUAUUUAUGGUGUAUGUGGAUGAUGCAGCUACUGUACUCAACUCUUGUAUUCAUUUACAUUAACUUUUUUGACUUACUCGUGUAAGACAUUGACUAUUUGACGUUUGAGUGUGUUUGUUGCAUCAUUUUACAUUUUACAUAUUAUAUUGUAAAUGAUUUGUAAAUCGAUGUAAAUGUAAAUCUUGAUAUAAAAGAGUGAGUUUCUUGCUACUUCUUCUCAUUAGCUCAACCCUCUACGAAGUAGCGGUAGAUGAGAAAAAUAUUUUAUUUUUUUCUGACAAUAAGUGUCAUUUCCGUGACCUACGUGAGAAUAAACUGAUUUUGAUUUUAUUUAUUUAUUUCAAUGUAAAAUAACACCAAGCACAUGUUACAAAAUUUGAAAGAUGCCAUUGAGUGUCACACACACACAAAUAUCUAAUAGUGCGUUCGGUAUCUAGAUUUAGCGCAGCGGAGACCAAUCCUUAAUCUAAGUGUAUUUUACAUUGUAUUUUCCCUCUAAUCAGAUAUUUUAUGUGGUCAAAGUCAUAAAAGGAAUCGAUACUUUUCAGCAUAAAUCGCGUAUUAUCUUAUAUCUUUAAACGAGCAAUUCUUGUAUAUAUAUAAUUUGAAUCUCGGAAACGGCUCCAACGAUUUUAAUGAAAUUUAGUAUACCGGAAGUUUCGAAUCGAUCUAGCAAGGUUUCAAUUUAAAAAAAAAAUGUUUUAUCCGUGUUUUAAUGAGAAACUGCUACAAUAAUAUUAGAAUACAAUGGUAAAUUUCGCCACUAUAUUCCAGACUAUAAUAGCUGGGCGAACCGGAAAGUAGAAGACCCCGGUUCGAGAAUCAAGAUAUUCUAUUAGUUUGUUUUUUGUUAAAAUUUUGUACUUUCUUAAAAAGCCGAGCAAAGCUCGGUCGUCCAGGUACUAUGAUAUUAUGUAUGUGGCAAUCUCUCAGCAAUAUUAUAUAAUUGUAGUGCUAAAGUUAUUAUUUUUACUGGUUGUAUAGAAGUCAUUAUAAUGAGUAUUUUAUAAUUUAUGAAUUUCGCUUAAUUUAAGUAGACAUAAAAAAAAAUGGAUUAUACUCAUAUUUACAGUCAUAAGAAAAGUACUACGCCUUUUGCAUAUAAAAUAUUUAAAAUUAUUAAAACCUUGUAAUAACUGAAUUUAAACGUUAUUUCCGACGAUUCCCGUGACCAUGCUACUGUAAAUUUAGCGAAACGUCGGGAUAUAAUAGCGUUUCGUAAUUUUCCAAAAUAUAUUACAGUACAACCUGUAUAGCCGAGUGGUUAGCGAUCCUACCUACUAAGCUAGAGGUCCCGGGUUCGAAUCCCGGUAGGUGCAAGCAUUUAUAUGAUGAAUAUGGAUGUUUGUUUCCGAGUCAUGGAUUUUUAAAUAUAUUUAUGUAUGUUUAUAUGAAUAUAUGUAUGUUUAAGUAAGUAUAUUGUAUUAAAUAUAUCGUUGUCUUGUAACCCAUAAAACAGGCUACAUAAAAUGCUUAACUUGGAGCAAGAUAAUUUGUGUAAAAAGUGUGUCAAUAUUAUAUUAUUAUUAUAUUAUGGUAAAUAAGAAUUACAAGCGUUUAUAAUAUUUAGAUCUCUUUAGUAUUGAACAAAUAAAUAAUCAAAUAAUGUUUUCUUUCUAUAUUAUUGAGAUUAAGGAGUGAUGAGAAAAUGGUUUAACAAUAAAUAUCUUAGAUCGUUUAUACGAGACUGUGACGACACCUGUGGAAACGUCGAAAAAAAAAUGGGGUUGACCGUUAACCUCUAUUUUGAGCAAUGUACACAAAGUGACAUACAAAUCGCGAGUGUAAGACGUUGCUUGUCACGCACACUAAAAUAAUAAACCUGGCCUGUUUUCAUCGGUUGUCUAUCUCUAUCUAGAUGUAUAAUUUACCUUAGAUACAUAAGUAUAUUACUUUUCAGUUACUGGUAUCUCUAUGAAUCUCUUGUUUUUGCAUUUAUUUUUGUUGUAGACUUAAUUUAUGAACAUACAGUGAUUGUGUAUCCAAAUAAAAUGUACUCAUUUUUA